AGCUGGGCUAUAAGAGGGACCCAGCAAACAGAGUGCCAGGAGCCUGGCCAUGGCUGGAAGUCACCAAUGCCCCAAUGGGGCCCAUCCCUUCCUCCUGCUUGCCCUGGUCUUUGGUGGAGCUGUUCAGGCCGCCCAGAUCGUGGGUGGGCGCGAGGCUCAGCCCCAUUCUCGGCCUUAUGCGGCCUCCCUGCAGCUGACCAGGCUCCCCGGGAGCCACUUCUGUGGUGGCACGCUGAUCCAUCCUAGAUUCGUGCUGACGGCUGCCCACUGCCUGGAGGACAUCCCCUGGCAGCUGGUGACGGUGGUGCUGGGUGCCCACGACCUGCAGAGGCUCGAGCCCGAGCAGCAGAGGUUCACCAUCACUCAGGUCUUCCAGAACAACUACAACUCCGAGGAGAACCUCAACGACGUGCUCCUGGCUCAGCUGAACCGGCCAGCCUUCCUAGGCCAGCAGGUGGCCGUGGCCUCUCUGCCUCAGCAGAACCAGUCUUUGCCCCAGGGCACCCAGUGCCUGGCCAUGGGCUGGGGCCGCCUGGGCACCAGCGCGCCCACGCCGCGUGUGCUGCAGGAACUGAACGUCACGGUGGUCUCCUUCCUGUGCAGGGAACACAACGUGUGCACGCUGGUGCCACGGCGGGCAGCGGGCAUCUGCUACGGAGACUCGGGCGGCCCCUUGAUCUGCGAUGGCGUCCUUCAGGGGGUCGACUCCUUCGUGAUCCGAGAAUGCGCCUCCCUCCAGUUCCCGGAUUUCUUCGCCCGGGUGUCCUUGUAUGUGGACUGGAUUCACUCUGUCCUGCGGGGCGCAGGGCCCUGAGCCGCCCUUCUGCGCGCCAGACGGCCUACCCAACUCUCCUGAAUAAAAGCCGAGACGUUUUUAA